UAAAUAAACAUAAACCCUAGCUAAGCAGCAUUUCCCCCUUCCUUCUCUUUCCAGUCGCGAAUCCUCUGAACUUCAAGCAGCAGUAGCUCUAAUUCCCUGCUGAGAGGAGAGAGAGAUAACAAUGGCGGACAAGGCAGUUACUAUCAGGACCCGCAAGUUUAUGACCAACCGUCUUCUUUCCCGGAAGCAAUUCGUAAUUGAUGUUCUUCAUCCUGGUCGCGCUAACGUCUCUAAGGCGGAAUUGAAGGACAAACUAGCUAGCAUAUAUGAUGUGAAAGAUCCAAAUUCUAUCUUUGUGUUCAAGUUCCGUACUCAUUUUGGAGGAGGUAAAUCAACUGGAUUCGGAUUGAUUUAUGAUUCUGUUGAUAGUGCAAAGAAGUUCGAACCCAAGUACAGGCUGAUAAGGAAUGGAUUGGCUACCAAGAUUGAGAAGUCCAGAAAACAAAUGAAAGAAAGGAAGAACAGAGCUAAGAAGAUCCGUGGUGUUAAGAAGACCAAGGCUGCUGAAGCUGGAAAGAAGAAAUGAGGAAAUGGUGAUGUUGAAAAUUUUGCUGUUCCCUUUUUGGCGCAUCUUCAUUUCCUACUGUCCUUGUCCUUGAUCUUCUCCCUGUUUUUGUUACUUGUUUACUCUAAUUAGUCAUAGCAACUUUAGUGAAAGAUUAUGAGACAUCGAGAUUUUCAAAUGUUGUAAAACUUCAUUAAAGAGCUUUAUUAAAAUUUUGACUGGUAA